AGUUUUAAGCUUCUGCAGCAGAUAUAUUACCAUGUGACAGAACCAAGUAUGGGCGUGGGAGCUUCUUGUGACUCCGGUAAUUCAGAAAAGGAGUUUCUGUUGAUGCAGGCAAAGGACUUGUCUCAUGAACUACGACACACCAGAACAGUUUGUGAUACUCUAAAAGACGAGCUCUCAGACAAGAAAGCAAGAUGCGAACGGGCAGAGAGUGACAAAAAACAGCUGAAAUUUGCGGUGAAACAACUAAACGGGAAGUUACACGAAUACGAGAUAAUGAUAGCAAGGUUGCAGCACGCCGUGAAGAAUAACGAGAUAUACGACAUGUACGAUGAAAACUUCAGCUCUCAUCGAUCAAAUACUCCGUGUUCGGCCAGCUCUAUGAACUCGUCAGUGUUCAAACUACAGUCACCGAUGCCAAAAAUGCGACGAAGCUACACGAGCAUGGACAGUGGAGUUCACGACACAGCAGUCAGCCCAAUGAACGACAUCGCAAUACAAACGAUAGAAGAUACUAAGGCAUCAGCAGUACAGUGCUCAAUGCUCAACGUAUCACAUUUGCAGUCCAUCAUGGGAGAAAUAGACGCUCAGAUUGUUUCAGUGGACGAGAUAAUCACACAGAACAAAACAAGUCUAUCAGUGUUAGAUAGUUUAUUCGAGAGUGAAGCGGAAGUAGUGGAGGAAGAUGAUAGCAGCAGUGAAAAAGAUAGCAGCAGUGAUGAUGAGAUGGCAGCAAUGAAGACUGCUGCAGUGAUAGACGCAGUUUUAGUGUCCUAGAUCUGUACAACUGAUAUUUGAUAGGGACAGAUUAGAUGUAAAUUAAUGAAGAAUUAUAUUUAAAAUUAAAUUGAAACUUAAGUCAAACCUGUAGUUCUAA